AUGGAGGGACUUGGGACGGCGGUCGAGCUUACGGUGAAGAUUGCUUCUCUCUGCGCUGAGUACUCUUCUGCUGUCAAGAAUGCUAGCCACGACAUCCAGAGCCUUCGAGAGCGUAUUAGCAGCCUAGAGACAACGCUGAAGGAUGUAAUGGAACUUCUCGAAAGCUCCCACGGGGCCCGACUUAGGACGUCGCAGAAGCUACACGAUGCUCUUAAUAAUUCCCGCUUGCUCCUGGACUCCAUUGCUACAACGCUUGAGAACAAGUUAAAUGGAGGUCGAAAGCAGAGGACAAUGAGAGCUUUUGGGUUGCGGGCCCUAAAAUGGCCCUUCGAAAGCAAGAAACUGGAGAACAUCAUGGCAGGCUUGGAGCAGCACCAGAAUACCAUGGUAGUCGCCAUGCAAAUCGAUCAAACGGCUGAAGUCCUCACUAUCAACCACAAAAUUGAUCUAUCAAAGUUGCCUGUCGCAAAGGGUGCCGCUUUCAACUCUCAAGCGAACGAGUAUGUUCCCCGGUGCCAUCCUAGAACUCGGCUCAACGUCCUCGCUGGAAUAUAUAACUGGUUCGAAGACCCGCAUGGAAAGUGCAUAUACUGGCUGUGCGGUAUGGCUGGUACUGGCAAGUCCACGAUUUCUCGGACAGUAGCAGAAUAUCUUACAGAAAAGAACAUCCCUUGUGCAAGUUUCUUCUUCAAGAAGGGCGAAGUCCCGCACGUGAGGGCUGCAAUUGAGGCGGACAUGAACAUUUCCGAUAAGACCAAGAGUGAACAGUUUGAGAAACUUAUUCUAGAGCCGCUUGACAAGUGCGAGGACCAACAAUCCACUAUAGUGUCUAUAGUGAUUGAUGCCCUUGAUGAGUGUGAUCUGGAAGAAGACGUCAGACUUAUGGUCCUUUUGCUCGCUAGAGCUAUGGACGUGACAUCCGUUCGCCUGCGUUUCUUCAUUACCAGCCGACCAGAACUCCCAAUACGUCUCGGCUUUAAAAGCAUCGGCGACUCCUAUAAGGAACUGGCUCUUCACGAAAUCCCCAAGCCUGAUAUAAAAAACGACAUUGCCGUAUAUCUAGAGGAUCAGUUGAAAGCUAUUGUGCAGCACUAUAACAUGUCGGUUGAAACAAGACGGCAACUACCAUCGCAGUGGCCCGGUAGCAAAGAUACCGAGAGGCUUGUUGACAUGGCCAUCCCUUUGUUUAUCUAUGCUGCGACUGCUUGUCGAUUUAUCAGCGAUCGCAGGCUUGGUGGGCCAAAGGAGCAACUGGAAAUAUUUUUCAACUCCCAUCGAAACCCAAAAUCUAAUCUUGAUGCGACAUAUCUACCUGUCCUAGAGCAGCUGACAAGAGAUCUCAAAGGUGGCGAAAAGAGAGCUGUUAUAACCAAAUUCAAAGAGAUCGUCGACAACCUUCGAAAAGAUAUCUGCGACCUACGGAGACCAGGAACACUACGGUUAGACAUCGAACAAGAGACAAUAGAUAUUCGCUUUCCACCGGAGAUACAAUACGCGUGCCUCUACUGGGUCCACCACCUAAAGGAGAGCGGAGUAAUAGUCCGUGAUCAUGAUCAGGUCUAUGACUUCCUGAUCCGCCACCUACUGCACUGGAUCGAGGCUUUAAGUCUUAUUGGUCGUAUCUCAGAGAGUUCUGGUAUGUUGGACAACCUAUUAGGUACGAUUGAUUCAGAAGACGGUGUUGAGACAUCAGCCAUUAUCCGCGAUAUUAAGCGAAUUAUUCUUAUCAAUCGCUGGUCCAUUGAUGAGGCACCACUCCAAAUCUAUUCUUCAGCUCUUCUAUUCGCACCAGAGCAGAUUGAAAGUAACUGGGAUGCCUGCUUAGCAACACUUGAAGGCCACAACGACUGGACAAGAGCAGUCAGCUUCUCUCCAGACGGCCGGCAGCUGGCGUCAGCAGCAUCUGGUGGUACAAUUAAGCUUUGGGAUCCAGCAACUGGUCGCUGCACAGCAACGCUUGUGAGUGGCGGCAUUUCCGCAGUCUGCUUUUCACCAGAUAGUCAGCGGCUGGCGUCAGCAGAAAUGAAACAAAUUAAACUCUGGAAUGCAAUCACAGGCCGUUGCAUAAUAACGCUUGAUGGCCAUUACACCAGGAUAACAGACAUUAGUUUUGCUCCAGAUGGCCGACGGCUGGCUUCAGCAUCACAUGAUCGUACCGUUAAGCUCUGGGAUACAGAAACAGGCGAUUGUAUAAGAACAUUUGUGGGCCAUAAUGGCUUCUUAGAAGGAGUCAGCUUUGCGCCAGACAACCGGCGGUUGGCAUCAGUGGCAAACAAAGAGAGCAUCUCGAAUGGUUAUGUGGAAUCAUAUGACCACAAUAUUAAGCUCUGGGAUACCGUUGCGGGCAGUCGUAUAAUAGAAUUUACUGGCCAUGAAGACCGAAUUAAUACAAUUCGCUUUACGCCAGAUGGCCGGUGGCUAGCUUCAGCAUCAGAUGAUUCGACAAUCAAGCUCUGGGAUACAGCAAUAGGCAGCUGUAUAGCAACGCUUGUUGGCCAUGACGAGGGUAUAAAUGCAAUCUGCUUUACGCCAGACAGCCGGUGGCUGGCUUCAGCAUCACAUGAUCGUACCGUUAAGCUCUGGGAUAUAGAAACAGGUCUCUGCACCGCAACAUUUAAAGGUCAUAGCCAAUCGGUUACAGCAGUCAACUUCGCGCCAGAUAACUGGCAACUGGCUUCAGCAUCACAUGAUUCUACAAUUAAGCUCUGGGAUACUACGAUAAGCCGCAGUCCGUCAACAACUGAUAUCCAUAGUCAUAAAGUAACAGCCAUUAGUUUCACCCCAGAUGGCAGGCAGCUAGCUUCAGCAUCAGACGAUCAUACAGUUAAACUCUGGGAUACAGCAACUGGCCGCUGCAUAACAACGUUCAAAGGCCAUAGCCAAUCAGUUACAGCAGUUACCUUCGCACCAGAUGGCCGUCAGCUAGCUUCAGCAUCCGAAUAUGAUAAAACAAUCAAGCUCUGGGAUAUAACAACAGGCCACUGUGUGGCAACACUUCAGACUGAUGGUUACAUAUCACAAAUCACUUUUGCGCCAAAUAGCCAGCAGCUAGCAUCAGUGUCGGGUUAUAUAACUAAGCUCUGGGAUAUAACAACAGGCCGCUGCACAGCAGAGCUUGAUUGCAAUCGCGAAUCCAUAUUAUCAAUUGCCUUUUCACCAAAUAGCCAAGAGCUAGUAUCAACAUUAUCAGAUCAUACAAUCAAGCUUUGGGAUUUAUCCACUGGCAAUUGCACAGCAACACUUCCCAGUGAAGAGCGCGUAUAUGGAAUAAGCGCGAUCACCGUCUCACCAAAUGGCCAAUUGCUAGCUUCAGCAUAUGGGGAUUACACAGUUAAAAUCUGGGAUAUGACGACACAUGAUUGUAUCAUGAAACUCGAGGGCCAUAGUUUUUGGGUAAGCGCAAUGACUUUUGCACCAAAUGGCCAGCUAGUAUCAGCAUCGGGUGACGAUACAAUUAAAUUCUGGGAUAUAGCAACAGGCAUCUGCACGGCAACGCUUAAGGGUUAUGGCAGCUGGGUAGGCGCAAUCAACUUCACAAUGGACGGCAGCAUUGCCUGUGAUCUAAUUGGCACGGGAUUGAGCAUUGGUCAACCCAGAUGGUCGCGAUCUUAUGGCUACCACCAGCUUAUCGGCCGAGAGUGUCAGCUGUAA